GCGCAGUUCUCCCGCCCUUUUCAGCGGCGCAGCUUCUGUAGUUGGGCCCUGGAGGGGUCGCUCAGCAACCUCAUACUUCUCGGGUCAGGGAAAGUUUGGGAGGAUGCUGAGGCCUGAGAUCUCAUCAACCUCGCCUUCGGCCCCGGCGGUUUCCCCGUCGUCGGGAGAAACCCGCUCACCUCAGGGUCCCCGCUACAAUUUCGGACUCCAGGAGACUCCACAGAGCUGCCCUUCAGUCCAGGUGGUCUGUGCAUCCACCCCUCCCGGCACGUCAGGAGCCGCGGGCGACCGGAGCAGCAGCAGCAGCAGCAGCCGUCCCUGCCCCGCGCCAAACUCCCGGCCAGCUCAAGGUUCAUACUUUGGAAACAAAAGAGCUUAUGCAGAAAACACAGUUGCAUCAAAUUUUACUUUUGGUGCAAGCUCAUCUUCUGCACGAGAUACUAAUUAUCCUCAAACACUUAAAACUCCAUUGUCUACUGGAAAUCCUCAGAGAUCAGGUUAUAAGAGCUGGACACCACAAAUGGGAUAUUCAGCUUCAUCCUCAUCUGCGGUUUCUGCACACUCCCCAUCAGUUAUUGUAGCUGUUGUAGAAGGGAGAGGACUUGCCAGAGGUGAAAUAGGAAUGGCAAGUAUUGAUUUAAAAAACCCCCAAAUUAUACUAUCCCAGUUUGCAGACAACACAACAUAUGCAAAGGUGAUCACUAAACUUAAAAUUUUAUCACCUUUGGAAAUAAUAAUGUCAAAUACUGCAUGUGCUGUGGGGAAUUCCACCAAGUUGUUCACUUUGAUCACAGAAAAUUUCAAGAAUGUUAAUUUCACUACUAUCCAAAGGAAAUACUUCAAUGAAACAAAAGGAUUAGAGUACAUUGAACAGUUAUGCAUAGCAGAAUUCAGCACUGUCCUAAUGGAGGUUCAGUCCAAGUAUUACUGCCUUGCAGCUGUGGCAGCUUUGUUAAAAUAUGUUGAAUUUAUUCAAAAUUCAGUUUAUGCACCAAAAUCACUGAAGAUUUGUUUCCAGGGUAGUGAACAGACAGCCAUGAUAGAUUCAUCAUCAGCCCAAAACCUUGAAUUGUUAAUUAAUAAUCAAGACUGUAGGAAUAAUCACACUCUCUUUGGUGUUCUAAAUUAUACUAAGACUCCUGGAGGGAGCAGACGACUUCGUUCUAAUAUAUUAGAGCCUCUAGUUGAUAUUGAAACCAUUAACAUGAGAUUAGAUUGUGUUCAAGAACUACUUCAAGAUGAGGAACUAUUUUUUGGACUUCAAUCAGUUAUAUCAAGAUUUCUUGAUACAGAGCAGCUUCUUUCUGUUUUAGUCCAAAUUCCAAAGCAAGACACGGUCAAUGCUGCUGAAUCAAAGAUAACAAAUUUAAUAUACUUAAAACAUACCUUGGAACUUGUGGAUCCUUUAAAGAUUGCUAUGAAGAACUGUAACACACCUUUAUUAAGAGCUUACUGUGGUUCCUUGGAAGACAAGAGGUUUGGAAUCAUACUUGAAAAGAUUAAAACAGUAAUUAAUGAUGAUGCAAGAUACAUGAAAGGAUGCCUAAACAUGAGGACUCAGAAGUGCUAUGCAGUGAGGUCUAACAUAAAUGAAUUUCUUGACAUAGCAAGAAGAACAUACACAGAGAUUGUAGAUGACAUAGCAGGAAUGAUAUCACAACUUGGAGAAAAAUAUAGUCUUCCUUUAAGGACAAGUUUUAGCUCUGCUCGAGGAUUUUUCAUCCAGAUGACUACAGAUUGUAUAGCUCUACCUAGUGAUCAACUUCCUUCAGAAUUUAUUAAGAUUUCUAAAGUGAAAAAUUCUUACAGCUUUACAUCAGCAGAUUUAAUUAAAAUGAAUGAAAGAUGCCAAGAAUCUUUGAGAGAAAUCUAUCACAUGACUUAUAUGAUAGUGUGCAAACUGCUUAGUGAGAUUUAUGAACAUAUUCAUUGCUUAUAUAAACUAUCUGACACUGUGUCAAUGCUGGAUAUGCUACUGUCAUUUGCUCAUGCCUGCACUCUUUCUGACUAUGUUCGACCAGAAUUUACUGAUACUUUAGCAAUCAAACAGGGAUGGCAUCCUAUUCUUGAAAAAAUAUCUGCGGAAAAACCUAUUGCCAACAAUACCUAUAUUACAGAAGGGAGUAAUUUUUUGAUCAUAACUGGACCAAACAUGAGUGGAAAAUCCACAUAUUUAAAACAGAUUGCUCUUUCUCAGAUUAUGGCCCAGAUUGGAUCAUAUGUUCCAGCAGAAUAUUCUUCCUUUAGAAUUGCUAAACAGAUUUUUACAAGAAUCAGUACUGAUGAUGAUAUCGAAACAAAUUCAUCAACAUUUAUGAAAGAAAUGAAAGAGAUAGCAUAUAUUCUACAUAAUGCUAAUGACAAAUCGCUCAUAUUAAUUGAUGAACUUGGCAGAGGUACUAAUACGGAAGAAGGUAUUGGCAUUUGUUAUGCUGUUUGUGAAUAUCUACUGAGCUUAAAGGCAUUUACGCUGUUUGCUACACAUUUCCUGGAACUAUGCCAUAUUGAUGCCCUGUAUCCUAAUGUAGAAAACAUGCAUUUUGAAGUUCAACAUGUAAAGAAUACCUCAAGAAAUAAAGAAGCAAUUUUGUAUACCUACAAACUUUCUAAGGGACUCACAGAAGAGAAAAAUUAUGGAUUAAAAGCUGCAGAGGUGUCAUCACUUCCACCGUCAAUUGUCUUGGAUGCCAAGGAAAUCACAACUCAAAUUACGAGACAAAUUUUGCAAAACCAAAGGAGUACCCCUGAGAUGGAAAGACAGAGAGCUGUGUACCAUCUAGCCACUAGGCUUGUUCAAACUGCUCGAAACUCUCAAUUGGAUCCAGACAGUUUACGAAUAUAUUUAAGUAACCUCAAGAAGAAGUACAAAGAAGAUUUUCCCAGGACUGAACAAGUUUCAGGAAAGACUGAAGAAUAAUAACAAUUCUAAUGUAAUAAUAUAUCUUAAUUCAAGGAACCUAGAAUUUAUUUUUCUCCUUAGAGAUAAGGAAAAUAAUAUUUGCCAAAUUUCAUAUUUUAAUUGAAAAUUACAUUAUAUUAACAUCACAAUUGUCAUCUAUAUAUUCUAUAUGAAAAAUAUUUAUUAUAACUUAACAAAUGAGAACUACUUAAAGGAAUGGUUUUUAUGUUAGGAGAAAAUACAAUACACCACUUUUUUCUCAGAAAAAUUCACAUUAUUAAGACCUAAGUUCAUUUAUACUUACAAGUUGCAGUUUAAAAUAUUAUUGUAAAUACCCUAGUUUAAUAAACACCUUUCUUUUUAGGUCUGGAAAAUUCUUUGAGCUUUUCUUUUACAUUCUAUUCUGAAGUAAUAAUGCCCUAUAACUCAAUAAUUUAUUAAUCAGUACCCCCACAUUCCAACACUGGAGGGUUCUGAAGUUCAUCAGAGUAAUUUUGGAAUCACGCUGCUAAGUGAGUAAUCUCAGCAUAAAGGCCUAACAUAGACAAGUUAUUCUUUUCUUGGGCAACUACGUGUCUGGAAUUCAAGGUAUACAUUUGAAACAUUUAUUUAGUAAGCUACAGUAUUCAUAAUAAUUUGAUCCCCCAAUAUCAUUCACAGACCACUUAGGGCCAUAUUUUAUUCUAUAACAUUUAAUAUUAAUGUUUGUUGACUUUAUUAAACUCUCAGCAUUAAGUAAAUAUUAGUAGCCAAGCAUAUUGAAAAAGUUAUAAUUUAAAUGAUACACAUAUUAUUUUGGAAAAGUAAAUGUAAAUUAUUUUUUGUUUUACAUUCAAUUCAAUAUAUAUUAAAUGUCUUGUUAGAUU